AUGAAUAGAAAUGGCCUCCUGGACGGCACAAAGGCGGGCCUAGCCUCAAUUGAUAGAGACACCAUCAACAAGAUAAUAGCACGGGAGACUCAGGGGACAGCUAAAUUCCUUCGCAUGCGUGAAAAGGAGCAGGCCUCCUGUGUACGCUCAGCUCUCCUCGCUCAACGAGCCAGUGCCCUGACCCCCCAAGCCAUUAGAGAGGAAACACUCCGGGUUGAUCGAAUGAUCGCAGAAGCUACCCAGAAUCUUCGAGGCUGGCAAAACGUCAUAGCAGUUUUAGAUUUCGAUUGCUUCUACGCCUCCAUUGAGGAGCGCGAUAAUCCAUCUCUGCGUGGCAAGCCAGUUAUAAUCACAGGCGGGUCCAUUGUCUGCACCAGCAACUACGCAGCUCGGAAGUACGGCGUCCGGUCAGCCAUGCCCACCCACGUCGCCAAGGCCCUCUGCAAAGAUGUCAUUGCCAUCCCUGCGUCCAUGGAAAAGUACAUGUCUGUAUCGCAUGCAGCAGCCGAGGUCUUUGCAGGCUACGAUACACACUAUUCCAUGCACGGGCUGGACGAGUGUGUCUUCAACCUGACUGCAUAUAUGAAGCAGUAUGCCCAUGAAAGGUAUGGUGUGGUAGAUAUGUGGAGCGCAUAUGCACAUCUGGAUAAGCAGUGUGCCGAUGGCGCACUAUCUACAGAUGCAGACUCCAUACCCCUUCCAGCUGUCCAACAUACCAACACUCUGUUCAAGGAGAAGCCCGGGUUCAUAGAGCUACUUGCGGCUGAAGUUGUAAGUGCUAUUCGAAAGGAUAUUGCCUCCCGACUCGGAAUCACGUGUUCUGUGGGCGUCGCCAUAAACCAACAAGUGGCUAAGAUACUUACUGAGUUAAAUAAGCCUGACGGCCAAACUAUAGGGCCGCUGCACACUGUCACGCAAGAUAACUACUCAACUAUUCUCCACUCUCACCUGAAAGACCUCCACAUAAGGAAAAUUUGGGGGGUGGGGGACGCGUCUGCACAACUGCUAUCAAGAGAGCCCUUUAUGAUUACAUCCAUAGGAGACAUUUUCUUAAAGCGCGGCCUUCUGUCUCUGCUUUUGACCCCAGCACAGGCCAAGUUUUAUAUUUUCGCUUCGGUUGGUCUAUCUAGCGUACAGCAAUUGAUGGACCCAAAUAACCCCAACCCCAAGUCUGUGGGCCAGGAGUGCACCUUUCCAGAGACUUCCGAUGAAGACGUACUUAAAAACAUUCUCCGCAACCUUUGCAAGUUGAUUGCGCAGAAGCUACAAGAACAGAACCUGGUGCCUACACGCCUCAAUGUGAAAGUUAGGUUCGCAGAUUGGAUUGAGAAGACGCACGUUGUUGAUUUGAGCCGGCACUCCUGGGAUCUGGAUGUCCUCUACCUGGCCGCACUCGAGGCUCUGCGCUACAUACAAAAGUGCAAGACAGACGAAGUUGGUUACCCCAUGUCUACAGGCAACAGUAACGAGGGUGUAGGGCAUGGGCGAAGCGCCCCCUACUUGACGGUAGGCUUCGGCAUAUACAGGCGUCUUGCUCGGUGCGUAGAUAUACGCCUCCUAGGAGUUGCUGCACACACAUUUCGUGAAUGUCAAGACAGUAAUAGCGGGUCUGUGUUGUACCAGCUUAGCAAGGCAGGGGCAGCACACAGAAACUGUACCAAGAAUUGUGCAAAGGCACAUUCUGUUGUGCAUAUAGACCAUGCGCAUUCAGAAGGUGUAUCUGACACAGAGGUCAUUAUAGUUAGCUCUUCAUCUCCACCUCCAUCUUCUCUCGGUGAGAAUGACUAUUACCCUUCAGGGGCGUUCAAAACGUUGAAGAGUGACUUUACGGUCAGGCCCACUAAACAAGGGAAUAGAGCAACAAACAAGCUGAGCAACUUUAAUAAGACUGUGGCCAGGCAUAAAGCAACAAGAAUAGAGUGUGCACAGAAGCCAAAGAUCGCCACAACCAUAAAAGAAAAGCGCAGCUUUGUUAUUAGUUCUAAACCGUUGCACAACAAGUUUCAUAGGAGUCGAUCAUCUACAUAG